GCUCGGAUUGAAUUUAAAAUUUAUAAUAUUUUUUCCUUUCUUAUAAAAGAAAUAGUUUUUAGUUUAUUUUUUUAGAUUUGAAAGAGGAGGGAAUGGGAGACAAGGAGGAAGAAGAGUGGAGCGGAAGUGAGAGCGACGAUCACACGUCGGAAGACGAAGGGGCGGAAGAUUACCGGCGAGGCGGUUAUCACGCCGUUAGAAUCGACGACACUUUCAAGAACGGACGUUACGUUGUCCAAAGCAAGCUCGGUUGGGGCCAUUUUUCCACCGUUUGGCUCGCUUGGGACACUCAGCUCUCUCGUUAUGUAGCUUUGAAAGUACAAAAAAGUGCUCAGCAUUAUACUGAGGCGGCAAUGGAUGAGAUAACGAUCUUACAACAGAUUGCAGAUGGGGAUAAAGAGGAUAAAAAAUGUGUAGUGAAGCUUUUAGAUCAUUUUAAGCAUUCAGGUCCAAACGGACAGCAUGUUUGUAUGGUGUUUGAAUACCUGGGAGAUAAUCUCUUGACGCUCAUCAAGUACUCGGAUUAUCGUGGCAUGCCUGUUCAUAUGGUCAAGGAGAUAUGUGUUCAUAUUCUAGUAGGCUUGGAUUACUUGCAUAGGGAGCUUUCCAUUAUACACACUGAUCUGAAGCCUGAAAAUAUAUUACUCUUGUCAAUGAUCGAUCCGUCUAAAGAUCCAAGAAAGUCAGGAACUCCUCUCAUCCUUCCCGGUAGCAAGGACAAGAUUUUGCUGGACUCUUUGAAGUCUAUGAAUGGGGACUUGAGUAGAUAUCAAAAGAAAAAGAUUCGGAGAAAGGCUAAGCGAGCAGCUCAAGGGUGUGUGGCGAAGGAAGUUUCUGCAGGAGCCGGUAUGGACCCUGAAACAUCUGGUGCAGCUGAGUCAUCUACGAGUGAAAACCCAAAUGUGAGCUCUGUUGAAGAUCGUCCCACUAGUUCUAGCAUUGCCAAUAGAUUGUCUGAUGCUGAUGGUACAAAGGAUACUGGUCAAGCAAGUCAAGGUAAUAAGAGAGGAAGCCGCUCCACAAGGCGGAAACUGUUGGCAUCAGUUGACUUAAAAUGCAAAUUAGUUGACUUCGGGAAUGCAUGUUGGACAUAUAAACAGUUUACUAAUGAUAUCCAGACGCGACAGUAUAGAUGUCCUGAGGUGAUCCUGGGAUCUAAGUAUUCUACGUCAGCAGACCUUUGGUCAUUUGCUUGCAUUUGUUUUGAGCUUGCAACGGGUGAUGUACUCUUUGACCCUCAUAGCAGCGAGAACUUCGACAGAGAUGAGGACCACUUAGCUUUGAUGAUGGAGCUUCUAGGAAUGAUGCCGCGCAAGAUUGCCUUGGGUGGCCGUUAUUCACGGGACUUCUUUAAUCGACACGGUGAUUUAAGACACAUCCGUCGGUUGCGUUUCUGGCCCUUGAAUAAGGUGCUUGUGGAAAAGUAUGAGUUCAACGAGCAAGAUGCAAGUGGCAUGACUGACUUCCUGGUCCCGAUCCUUGAUUUUGUACCCGAGAAACGUCCCACUGCAGCUCAGUGCCUUCUUCAUCCAUGGAUCGAUGCAGGCCCCCGACUUUUAGAGCCAUCGGGAUCUUCAUCGCAAAACCAAGUUGCUGUUUCCGAGAAAAAGAAGGGGGAGAUGGAUGAUAUGGAGGCAAUGGAGGUUGCAAUGGGGAAUGUUGCCAUCAGUGCAGACUCUAAACCUGCCAAAGAUCUCCGGUCUACUUCGAAACCCUCAAAGGCAGCAACUUCUUCCAGGUAGGAAAUGUAAUUCUUUUACAAAUACAUAUAUAUUAUUUUU